AGAGGAAUGAAACUUUAAAACGUCACAUAUGAGGCGGCGAGGUUACAAUAAUUCGUUCACAACAUUAGAGGACGUCUCUGAAGCCGAUACUGAUGUAGAAGAGCUCGAGUCAGUGGAAAUGAGUGCGGAUAUGGAAGUAGAAGUGAGCCUGGAGGCGUCUCUGCCAUCAGUGGAACUUAACCAUACCUUUGAAACUCAUGAACCAGAAACCCCGACAGCUGAUGAUGUCCUCAGGGAACAACUCCAGGCUGCCGAAGAGAAUUUUGUCAAAACAGUAGAUGACAUACACGUUGAAAUUGUGGACUUUGUAUUGCAUGCAGCCACGGAUAUCAACAGUGAGAAAGUAGCAGCCAUAGACAAGCUUUGCAUGGAAUUUGAAGAAUCAUCUGCCAAAUUACAAGACAAAACACCAGCUAAUUUUGGAGUAGACAAAGCAACAGAAAAUGAAACAAAAGCUCUGGAAGACGCAACUUCUGAGGCUAAAGUCGAGACACUAAAAUUGUUGAAACUGAAAUUCCAGUUGAUCAGGUUAAAGCACCUAAUGUUGAUAUCGAAACACCAGAUGGUAAAAUCGAAACAACCAAACAAAUCACUCCGUGAGGAUAUCUACGAUUGUGUUGACCAACCUCCAAAAUUGAAAAGCCAGCUGACAGAUAUGAAGUCUAAAGUAGAGACGCUCAAAGCUGAAGUCAAAGAAAUGAUGUUGGAUAUCGGAGAACCAGAAAUACAAGUUGAAAAACCAGAAAUGGAAGAUGAAGAGUUUUUAGAACAGGCGAAGAAGUUUUUUGAAAAAGCUAACAAGCAGCUGAUGUUAGCUGAACCAAAUGUUGAAAUUGCAGUUCCAGCUGUCGAAGAGUUUUUAAAACAGGCAAGAAAUUUUUUUGAAGAGGCAUAUCAAGACCUGAUGUUAGUCGAAAUGAAAACACCAGCUGUUGAAACAGGAAAACAAGCUUGUGAACAGUUUCUAGAACAGGCAAAGAAUUUCUAUCAAGACCAAGAGGCAUUUAUAAAUAUGAGGAGACCAGUAGAAUUCAAAACACUAACUGUCGAAGUUGAGGCACAAAAUGUCCAAAACGAAGCACCAGAUAUGAAAAUCGAAGCACCGGUUGUCGAAUCAGAAACACCGACCAUGGAAAUCGAAAGACCAACAGAAGAAGUUGAAACACCAGCUAUCGAAAUCGAAGCACGAGCUUUAGAGAUAAAGAUUCCAAUAUGUCAGGUUGGAUCGCCAGAUUAUGAAGUUUUAACACCAGAUUCCGAAAUCGGAGCACCGUUUGUCGAAUUCGAAAGAUCAGCUGAAGAAGUUGAAACAUCAGCUGUCGAAAUCGAAGCACCAGCUUUAGAGAUAGAGAUUCCAGCUGACCAGGUUGAAUCGCCAGAUGAUGAAGUUUUAACACCAGAUUCCGAAAUCGGAGCACCGUUUGUCGAAUUCGAAAGAUCAGCUGAAGAAGUUGAAACAUCAGCUGUCGAAAUCGAAGCACCAGCUUUAGAGAUAGAGAUUCCAGCUGACCAGGUUGAAUCGCCAGAUGAUGAAGUUUUAACAUCAGAUUCCGAAAUCGGAGCACCGUUUGUCGAAUUCGAAAGAUCAGCUGAAGAAGUUGAAACACCAGCUGUCGAAAUCGAAGCACCAGCUUUAGAGAUAGAGAUUCCAGCUGACCAGGUUGAAUCGCCAGAUGAUGAAGUUUUAACAUCAGAUUCCGAAAUCGGAGCACCGUUUGUCGAAUUUGAAAGAUCAGCUGAAGAAGUUGAAACAUCAGCUGUCGAAAUCGAAGCACCAGCUUUAGAGAUAGAGAUUCCAGCUGACCAGGUUGAAUCGCCAGAUGAUGAAGUUUUAACACCAGAUUCCGAAAUCGGAGCACCGUUUGUCGAAUUCGAAAGAUCAGCUGAAGAAGUUGAAACAUCAGCUGUCGAAAUCGAAGCACCAGCUUUAGAGAUAGAGAUUCCAGCUGACCAGGUUGAAUCGCCAGAUGAUGAAGUUUUAACAUCAGAUUCCGAAAUCGGAGCACCGUUUGUCGAAUUCGAAAGAUCAGCUGAAGAAGUUGAAACACCAGCUGUCGAAAUCGAAGCACCAGCUUUAGAGAUAGAGAUUCCAGCUGACCAGGUUGAAUCGCCAGAUGAUGAAGUUUUAACACCAGAUUCCGAAAUCGGAGCACCGUUUGUCGAAUUUGAAAGACAAGCUGAAGAAGUUGAAACACCAGCUGUCGAAAUCGAAGCACCAGCUUUAGAGAUAGAGAUUCCAGCUGGUCAGGUUAAAUCGCCAGAUGAUGAAGUUUUAACACCAGAUUCCGAAAUCGGAGCACCGUUUGUCGAAUUCGAAAGAUCAGCAGAAGAAGUUGAAACAUCAGCUGUUGAAGUCGAAGCACCAGCUUUAGAGAUAGAGAUUCCAGCUGAUCAGGUUGCAAAAGUUGAAAGUGAAACGGCGAAAGCGAUUUGGGCAGAGGGUCCGGGAUUGAUGGGCUGCUUUGUGGGUGAUCGAGGCUACUUCCAAGUCUUCAACGAAGAUGCUGGAAAAGGUACACUGAGUAUGCGAGUUAAAAGACCCAAUGCCAAAUCCGACUCCGGGAAGUGGAAGGGCGCGAAACGGGUGAUUUCCUGUGAUUAUAACCCAAAAAUAGCUGGAGAAUACACUAUCCAAAUUAAGUGGAAGCACGAACAUAUCAAGGGCAGUCCAUUCAUAAUACAAGUCAAUAAACGUCCAGAAAUCGAAAUCGAAGCACCAGAUGUUGCAAUUGAAGCCCCGGUUGUCGAAUCAGAAAGACCAGCUGAGGAAGUUGAAACACCAGCUGAGGAAGUUGAAACACCAGCUGAGGAAGUUAAAACACCGGCUGAAGAAGUUGAAACACCGACUGAGGAAGUUGAAACACCUGAUAUUGCGAUCGAAGCCUCGGUUGUCGAAUCAGAAAGACCAGCUGAGGAAGUUGAAACACCGACUGAAGAAGUUGAAACACCAGCUGAGGAAGUUGAAACACCUGAUAUUGCGAUCGAAGCCUCGGUUGUCGAAUCAGAAACACCAGCUGAGGAAGUUGAAACACCGGCUGAGAAAGUUGAAACACCAGCUGAGGAAGUUGAAACACCUGAUAUUGCGAUCGAAGCCUCGGUUGUCGAAUCAGAAAGACCAGCUGAUGAAGUUGAAACACCGGCUGAAGAAGUUGAAACACCAGCUGAGCAAGUUGAAACACCUGAUAUUGCGAUCGAAGCCCCGGUUGUCGAAUCAGAAAGACCAGCUGAGGAAGUUGAAACACCGGCUGAAGAAGUUGAAACAUCAGUUGUUGGAAUUGAAACACCAGCUGCCGAAAACGAAAUGCAAGAAGCGAUAUGGGCAAAAGGUCCAGGCUUGAUAAACUGUUUUGUGGGAGAUAAGGGUGACUUCAAAGUUUUCACGCAAAAUGCAGGACACGGUAUUCUAAGUGUGGAAGUGAAGGGACCCAGGGGUAAAUAUCAAGUAAGUAAGUGGAAGGGAGCUAAACAAACCGUAACUUAUAGAUACAACCCAGAGGCGGCCGGAAAGUACACUAUCAACAUCAAGUGGGAGGAAGAACAUAUCAAGGGUAGUCCAUUCAGGAUAAAAGCCAGAAAAGGUCCAGCAAUCAAAACAGAAACACCAGUACUUGAAAUCGAAGCACCAGCAAUUGAAUUAGAAAAACCGGCUGUCGAAAUCGAUGGAUCAGUUGUUGAAUCAGAAAGAGCAACUAUGGAAACUGAAAAACCAGCUGUGGAAGUUGAAACACCAGCUGCCGAAAUCGAAACGUUGGAGGCGAUAACGGCAAAGGGUCCGGGCUUGAUAGACUGUUUUGUGGGAGAUAAGGGCGACUUCGAAGUUAUCACCAAAGAUGCAGGACAUGGUACAUUAACUGUGCAAGUGAAUGGACCCAGAGGUAAAUAUCAAGUAAUAAAGUGGAGAGGAGCAAAACGGACAGUAACCUAUAGAUACAACCCAGAAGUAGCUGGAAAGUACACUAUUAACAUCAAGUGGGAGGAAGAACAUAUCGUAGGCAGUCCAUUUAAGGUAAAAGUCAGGAAACGUUUAUCAAUAAAAACCACCGAAACACAAAACUUGAUAUGGGCAGAAGGUUCGGGCUUAAUGGACUGUUUUGUGGGUGAUCCAGGUGACUUAAAGAUCUUUAACAGACAACCUGGACAAGGUACAAUAAGUGUGCGAGUGAAGGGACCCAGAGCCAGACCUCAAGUAAUUAAGUGGAAGGAAGCGAAACAGACCAUUACCUGCAAAUACAGUCCAAAAGUAGCGGGAAAGUACGACAUCAAUAUCAAGUGGGAAGAAGAACAUAUCAUAGGCAGUCCAUUCAAGAUAAAAGUCAGGAAACGUUCAGCAAACGAAAUCGAAACACCAGCUGUUGAAGUUGAAACACCAGCUGUGGAAGUUGAAACACCAGCUGUGGAAGUUGAAACGCCAGCUGUCGAAAUUGAGGCACCAGCUGUGGAAAUCGAGGCACCAGCUGUGGAAGUUGAAGCACCCUCUGUAGAAGUUGAAACACCAGCUUUCGAAAUUGAAGCUUCAGCUGUGAAAGUUGAAACACCAGCCAUCGAAAUCGAAGCACCCUCUGUAGAAGUUGAAACACCAGCUUUUGAAAUCGAAGCACCAGCUUUGGAAGUUGAAACACCAGCUUUUGAAGUUGAAACACCAGCUAUCGAACUCGAAGCAGCAGUUGUGGAAGUUGAAAUACCAGCUUUUGAAAUUGAAAAAUCAGCUAUCGAAAUCGAAGGACCAGCUGUUGAGAUUGAAACACAAGCUGUAGAAAUCGAGGCACCAGCUGUGGAAGUUGAAACACCAGCUAUCGAAAUCGAAGCAGCAGCUGAGGAAAUUGAAACACCAGCUAUCGAAAUCGAAGCACUAGCUGUAGAAGUUAAAACACCAGCUAUCGAAAUCGAGGCACCAGCGGUUCAGAUUGAAACACCAGCCAUCGAAAUCGAAGCACUAGCUGUAGAAGUUGAAACACCAGCUAUCGAAAUCGAGGCACCAGCGGUUGAGAUUGAAACACCAGCCCUCGAAAUCGAAGCACCUUCUGUAGACGUUGAAACACCAGAUGUAGAAAUCGAAGCACCAGCUGUAGAAGUUGAAACGCCAGCUAUCGAAAUCGAGGCACUAGCUGUAGAAGUUGAAACGCCAGCUAUCGAAAUCGAGGCACCAGCUGUUGAGAUUGAAACACCAGCCAUCGAAAUCGAAGCAACAGCUGUUGAGAUUGAAACACCAGCUAUCGAAAUCGAAACACCUGCUGUGGAAGUUGAAACAUCAGCUAUCGAAAUCGAAGCAGCAGCUGUUGAGAUUGAAACACCAGCCAUCGAAAUCGAAGCACUAUCUGUAGAAGUUGAAACACCAGCUAUCGAAAUCGAGGCACCAGUGGUUGAGAUUGAAACACCAGCCAUCGAAAUCGAAGCACCUUCUGUAGACAUUGAAACGCUAGAUGUAGAAAUCGAAGCACCAGCUGUAAAAGUUGAAACGCCAGCUAUCGAAAUCGAGGCACCAGCUGUAGAAGUUGAAACGCCAGCUAUCGAAAUCGAGGCACCAGCUGUUGAGAUUGAAACACCAGUCAUAGAAAUCAAAGCAGCAGCUAUGGAAAUUGAAACACCAGCUGUAGAAAUCGAAGCACCAGCUGUGGAAGUUGAAACACCAGCUAUCGAAAUCGGGGCACUAGCUGUUGAGAUUGAAACACCAGCUAUCGAAAUCGAAGCACCAGCUGUAGAAGUUGAAACGCCAGCUUUCGAUAUCAAAGCAGCAGCUAUCGAACUCGAAGCACCAGCUGCUGAAGUUGAAACACCGGCAAUCGAAAUAGAGGCACCAGCUGUUGAAGUUGAAACACCAGCAUUCGAAAUCGAUGCACCAGCUGUUGAGAUCGAAGCACCAGCUAUCGAAAUCGUGGCACCAGCUGUUGAGAUUGAAACAACAGUCAUCGAAAUUGAAGCAGCAGCUAUGGAAAUUGAAACACCAGCUGUAGAAAUCGAAGCACCAGCUGUGGAAGUUGAAACACCAGCUAUCGAAAUCGGGGCACUAGCUGUUGAGAUUGAAACAACAGCUAUAGAAAUCGAAGCACCAGCUGCAGAAGUUCAAACACCAGCUUUAGAUAUCGAAGCAGUAGCUAUCGAACUCGAAGCACCAGCUGUUGAAGUUGAAACACCAGCUAUAGAAAUCGAUGCACCAGCUGUUGAGAUUGAAACACCAGCUAUCGAAAUCGAAGCACCAGCUGCUGAAGUUGAAACACCAGCUUUCAAAAUUGCAACUCCAGCUGUGGAAGUUGAAACACCAGCUAUCGAAAUCGAGGCACCAGCUGUAGAAGUUGAAACACCAGCUUUCGAAAUCAAAGCAGCAGCUAUUGAACUCGAAGCACCAGUUGUUGAAGUUGAAACACCAGUUGUAGAAAUUGAAGCACCCUCUGCAGAAAUCGAAGCUCCAGCUAUCGAAAUCGAGGCACUAGCUGUAGAAAUCAAAAUUUUGGCUGACCAGGCUUACGAUUAG